GGUAUUCUUUUCGACCUGAUCAAUGGGAGAUAACAUUGAAUUCAAACUGACUUGUCAUCAUCCGAGUAAGAUCAUAAAAAGACAUGGCUACCAAAAUGGAAAACAAAUCUUUUGAGAAAGACGAAAACGAUGCUGACUACUUCCCGUACGAUCCAGAGCUGACAGAUCUAACUCUCAUCGUGGAAGAAAAGAAAAUACAUGUAAUCAAAGCUGUGCUGAUGGAUGCAUCACCCGUAUUCAAAAAAAUGCUCACCGACGACUUUAAAGAAAAGGAUGCAGCAGAAGUUCAUCUUCCUGGAAAGGAAUAUUCUAUUUUCGUUUUGUUUCUGAGAUGUAUUUUCCCGAGAGAACGUGUUACUCUUUCAGAAAGAAGUAUUGCAGAUCUUUUGCCACUAGCACAUGAGUACGAUGUGAAAUGCAUUUUAAUGGAGUGUGAAACAUGGCUAUUAACUGAACUUGAGUUCAAGAAAGCGAAAGUAGGAAACCAUUAUGUAAAUGUUGAAAAUGACGUUGAAUACCUGCUCAGAUGUCUUAACUAUGGCAAUGAAUACUGCUUGCCAGAAUUGUAUGCGAGAGCUUUCGAAUGCAUGAUUCAAUAUAAGCUCACCAGAUAUAAGACGAAUCAAUUCUACCAGAAGCUUCCUGAGAAAAAUAAACAAGAACUUAUUGAAGCACGGCUUACCCAGAUUGAAGAAAUGGGGACAAUAUUAAACACAACUACCUCAUCUGGAUUUAGUUUGGGUACACCAGAUACGCCAUCCUUUAACCCUUUUGCGACAGGUCCAGUACUUGUCUUUCAAUGUUCAGCUGAUUUAUUCAUAUAAGGACAUGUAUAUUAUUACAAGUUAUCUUCACCCACCUAAUACAGGCAUUCUGACAUUUCAAUUGCAUAUUUUCUACAGCUCUACAUGUGGAUCAAAAUUGAUUCAUAUUAUUCACUAACACCAUUAGAAAAACGUUAUAAUUUUUGGUGCCUUCAGAUAUCAGGAUUUAUUUGCCUAUUGUUUCUUUAUUCUGCUUUGUUCAGAAUUUUACAUUCGCAAAUAUCCAUGGACUGCAGAUAAGUAUUUUUUUCUCCGCAUCUCACUAUUCUACAACUGAAUAGUGGUGCAGCUGUAAGUUACAAGUCAAAAUGGCGAUUCAAAUUGGUGGAUAUCCAUUUUUUCAAAUUAUUUCCUAGUGUCGUUCAAAUAGGAGAAAAGGAUGUGUUAAUCCAAUUAAUCUCUUAAUAUUUAAGUUAUUUAGAACAUUUUAUAGAUUAUUAGAAAAUAAAUUUCUUCAGAACAGCAGUUAUGUAAGCACUUUGAUUACAAUUGAGCACUGUAUUCAGUCAGACAAUAUGAUUUAUCUGCCCUUGGCAUUUCAUCAAUUUAUUACAAUUGUACAAAAUGAUUUUUAAAUCUGAAAAAAUGUACCCCUAACCAAGUUUUCUAUGGUGAAAUAGGCAGAUACCCAGUAGAAAUAUUCAUCAAGUCCCGAGUUAUUGGGUUUUGGCAUAGACUUGCUUGUGGGAGACAAGACAAAAUAUCUUUUCUCAUAUAUAAAUUGUUAUAAAAACUUGGAGAACAUGACUUAAAUCAGUCUAAAAUUGGAUUGUUUUGUUGAAAAAAAAAACCCAACACAUUUAAUGCUCAACAAGGGGAAUGUCCGAGUUAUGAUUACAACAGUAUUCUCCAAAGAAAAUAUUGGUGUCAAAACUGUUAAAAGCUAGAUUAAAUGAUUAA